UUGAAAUAUUCGAAAUUUACUGACUGGUCUUUCCGCUUGUUUCGAUUUGGCGCUACAGUCGGAAACGAAUUAAAAAUGGCUGAUUAGUCGAACGUGUUUGCUAGUGCCGACAGACAACUACUGCAGCUAGGAUUGCUUUCACCUUCUUUUCUUUUAAACAUGGCCAUCUUCAGAGUAUUUCCGACGACAGUGAUGAUGAUGAACGUUCUUCAGCUAUAAUGAAUCGUUUUAAAAAGUCGUGUAUUUAAAUAGAAGAAAUUCAAAAUGAAGAUAAUCCGAUUACAACACAACAGACUGGUCCUCGCAAUAUGUUGCAUUUUGUUAGUGAUGCUCAUUCUGCACUUCUUAUUUGCGACGGAGAGUGAAAAUGAAUACUGCGCAGUGACGAAGAAAGUACAUCAGAAAAUGAAACUGAUUCUUCAGCGAACCGAAGAAGCCAUGAACGCCCUUCAGUUGACAUACUUUCUGUGCUACGAGAGCCUAUGGGGCGCGUUGAAGAUAGAAGGUCCUCUACCGUGGCAGAACAAAAUUCAGCUGUGCGUCUUGAAUGAAGAACUGAACGCUGUUGACGAAGGCUUCCUGGUGAGAACCUUUAAGAGGUACCGUCUUCACAUAACAUACAAUUCCGCCGACGGCACCUAUCACAUAACCCUCGUCAACGACUACAGCUGUGAGGUGGCACUGAUAGUUUUUGAGAAGGAUUCUAUCACCCACCAGAUGCGUCGAGUCGGUUGGAAAAACAGGCUCUUGCCUCCGGGAGCCUGCGAGCUCCUCCACUGCUUUCCGCCAAGACUAUUAUCCCCGCCUUUACCUCAAGUCAACUUCUUCGGAAUGAAGAUGCCGGUGGCCAGGGAGGAGAUAGAAAUACAGAAGUAUCUCUUCCCCAAUUCUUGGUGGAAGGACAUUGUUCCGGACAAGUGCAAACAACGGCUGAACAUAAAUUAAAACAAAGCUAGUCAUUCAUUUUUCAUUCGGCUUCCUGUAAGUUUCCUUUACGCUCAUCUUUAGCAUCACCGACAAGCAAUUACUUUGAUUCGAGCGCUACCAAAGCUUAACGCAUUUACACACUCUCUCGUUCAGUAUUAACGCGCCCAACGUUUACAUUUCUAGCAGUUUCUGUGUUAAUUACAUGCUCCUUAAGUGAACAGAACACUCCCAAGUGUGGUCAGACUGCCAGUAUUUUACAUACAUGUUGUCUCUGUAUUAGUAUAAAAGAUGUCUGUGAUUAAUACAGAACAAUAUUUAAGAUA